AGUGAACCAGUAAAUAGAAAAAAACAACAAAGGCAACAGCAAACAGCAAGCAAGAGUCCAGCAUCAACUUACCUUUCACGCCCGGCAUAUACACCAGCACAUUUUGCCCGCAAUUGGCUUACCCAUCAACCGACCUACUUCCUUCCUUCAUCCACAACGGCGGCUUCCUGCUGAAUAAUGCAUUCGUACGAUAACAGCAACAGUAUGUCAGUUAAAUUUUGUAUCUCUUUGGCGUUAUUGCCAUUAUGAUUCACCGCGUGACGUGCCCGUGAAUUAUAAACAACGACAACGACGGCGACGACGAAGUGCAUUUUUGUGUUUUUAUUUCAUUUUUUUUCGGACUCAUUUGAAUAACAAAUUUGCGUUGCUAAAGAGUGCAGAAACGAAAGCAGCAGCAACAGUAGCAGCUGCUAGGGGCGCAGAAGAAGAAGUAGAGGAAAGGAGUUGUAGCGGAAUUCAGUGGAACACCCCAGUGGUCGUUGGUCCACUGCAACGUGCAAGAGAAGGAGUCGCAGUAAAAUCAGCUGCGACGACGCACAAGUUCCAGUCAAGUGCAGUAGAGGGGAAUAAAAGCAGCCGCAGAAAGGCGCUGAGGAAUUCUUAUCGUGAGAACGUUAUGGCAUCACAUUUAAGCUGGUUCGCGCAUUUACUCUUCUUACUUCUGAUGUUGGCGCGAACACCGACAAUUGACACACGGCCCGCCAGCGCAGCAAUAACACAAACAACCGAUCUCAUUGCCGGGAAUGAGUUCCUCAAGUUGUUGUAUGGACGCGACGAGUCGCAGCGCAAACUGCAUAGCGGUGAGUACGACGAAAAUGAACGUGCGGUGCGAGGAAUGGGAGUUCUGCGAGCUGGCAGCAGCGACAGUUCAAGCCGAGCUACUGUUAGGGAAAGGCGGGUGACGCGCGCCGAUCACUACGAGUCGACAGCUGAUCCAAGCACGCAUGUAAGUGAUUUAGACAGCAGAGGUGCGGCUGCGCGUAGCCUUAAUUACAAGAGUCGCAAUGUGCAGAACGAAGCGACUGCGACAACGACGCCGAUAAAGGCGAUGGCGGACGAGAGCAAACAGGUGGUGAAGCUGGUGACGUCAGGCAGCAAAAUUGUCUUCCUAGAAGAGUACGAUGACAAUGACGCCGUUGUAGAUGCAGUGGCGCGUGACAUUGAUCUGCAAAAGGAAAAUUUAAAAACGCAAGGCAAGCAGACGGCAAAGGAAACCGCAACGCAACAAAUGCAAAUGCAGCACAGGUCUAAUCCUACCGAUGAAGUCAAGGUGGUGGCGGUGAGUGUGUCAUCUUCUAGCAAACGUGGCGGUUUCAGUCGUGACCAUAAUAAUUUCAACACACCUGACACAGUUAUGUCAAAGCAGGCCAAUAAAUUUUCCAACGCGCGUGCGUCAUUGCACCGGCCUGAUACAGUGCUACAGCAGUACCAACAUGAUCUACAUGAGCGCGCUGACAACACUCAAAGCGAUGGUAGCGUGUCAGCCAUGAAGUUGACACUAACUACAACACCACCAACAGCGCCGAUGACGGCGUCCGCCACCUCAACAAUGGACGAUUUUGUUAAUCGCUCACACAAAAGUGAAUUCUCCAUAGAGGAAGCCGAGCCACUGACAAUGUCUCCGCAAAAGUUACGUGGCUCCCCGCAUGCGGCACGCGCCAGCAGUCCGCGUUCACUGCACACGCCACAUGCCGUCAGUGGACGCGCCGUCAAAAUGGCUGCCAGUCUGCCAGAUGUGGUCGACUCGGAGAAUAGCGCUUCAACGAACAUACAAAACGUGUUGGCAGCGCCGCUGGUUCAGUCCGCCUCGACGCGAACCGCCACUGUUAGCGCGUCAACUACGUAUCACCGCGGCAGUGGCAGCAGCAAUCGUAACAGCACGUCCUCGCACAUAAAUCACAAGAGUGCAACCACAUUUGCGCAUUCGCAUGCCAGUAGUCACAUUAGCGAUGGCGUUGGCAUAAGUGACACAGUUAUGCUGGACACGUCCGCACCGGCUGCCAACGGUGAUAUCGAUGCCGACGCCGAUGUAGAGGAAAAAUUGCUGCCCUUCCAAACGGUGAUCUAUCACAACACCAAGGAAGGUCAUGGCCCGCAAUCUCGAUCGAUAUCGUACAGCUCGUUAUCGCAAAAUGUCGAUGAUUUGCAUACAUGGCGGCACUCGGGCAUUUUGGCCGAAGCACAACGCAAUGUCAGCGAGAGCUUAACGCCUAUAACGCGCGCGGAGUUGGCGCACACCUCGGAACCGGCUAAGUUCUAUUCCGUGCCAUCGAAAAUGUACAGCGAACCGUCAAAGUUUUACUCAGAGCCAGCCAAGGUUUACUCCGAGCCGGCUAAAGUUUACGGUGAGCCCGAGAAAUUUUAUUCGGAACCUGCCAAGGUGUAUGGACAACCAUCAAAGUUUUAUUCCGAGCCGGCGAAAGUAUACUCACAGCCAUCCAAAGUCUACGGCGAGCCAGCAAAAACGUAUUGGUCUCCAAGUGCCGGCGUGCCUAUCGUAACUACUUCCACCACAACCACUAGCACAACCAGUACAUCAUCAAAUUCAACAACAACAACAACGGUCCGACCGGGACGUUACAUGCCUUCACGUCGUCCGGCGAUCGUGUCACGCAUUGCUUUUGGUGAGGCACAAACUUCCACAACAGCAACACUUGCCAUCGACGAACACGCACCAGCAACAAUGCCAGUUCCCACUGCUCAUCAUCAUCAUCAAG